AUGACAACAGACAGCAUUAAUUGUGAACGUAUUUGCAAUAUUGAAAAGGUACCUCGUGAAUUUUUUUGUCCAAUAUGUUCAUGUCUUUUGUGGAAACCACAUUCUUGUGGAUUUUGCCAGAAUUUAUUCUGCGAUGCUUGCAUUACCAAGUGGCGCCAAGAAAAUACAAAAUGCCCAUAUGGAUGUGAAACAUACGAAGAUAAACGUUGUUCACCAGCUGUUCGAUGUCUUUUGUCCAAUAUAUUGAUUCGAUGUCAAAGUUUCCAAUUUGGUUGUACUGCCGUACUUACUUAUGACACUUUAGAAGCACAUCAAACCGGCCAGUGCAUGUAUCCUUCUACUCUAUGUCGGUAUUGUGAGAGACUCAUGUUAGUGACUGAAAUUGAAGUUCAUGAAAGACAAUGUGGCCAGCAGCUUGGGUAUUGUCCGUCAUGUAAUGGUUUGAUUGUUAGGUGUUUAUUACAACAACAUCGAAUCGAAUGUGCGUUAAUGACCAUGCAACGCAAUCUUCAAAUCAUCAAUCAACUUCAGAAUCAGCCACAGCCUACCUAUACGUUUGAACCGAAUUAUCUAAUGCAAUACAAUUCAAUUCCACUGGAAAACAUUUUUCAUGUCACAACUGAACAGCAAACAAUUCAAGAGCAUUAUCGUACUUUAGUGUGGUGGCGUCGUUUAUGGGCUCUAUUUCAGCCAAAUUUUCGUCUUUGGAUGACAGCAGAACCAAUUGAGAAAUUUCCUAUCGGACUUUUUCAAAAGUCAUAUAAAGUAGUAAUAGAACCUCCAUCAACUCUUAAAUUAAAUCUUCGUUCAAUAUUUAUUUAUAUAAAUUUACAAACAUUUACUGAAUCUGAUCAUCCAGCAUACCCUUAAUUUGUUUUAUCAUUAAUUGAUGAUAUUCUUGAACAAAUUCCACCUAAAAAGAAAAAUCUUAAUAUUAUAAAACAAACAGUUAAACAAAUCUUAACACCAUUAGAAAUUAUUCUUAUUGAAGAAAUUCAACGACUUAACUUACUUACAUCAAUUAUGUGUAAACAAAUAAAUAUCUUUAUUAUGGACAAAUACCAUUAUUAUGGAGACCAUUUAUACUACAAACAAAAAAUCACUUAG